CAACAGGUUACUCCUAAGAGAAUGGCUGCCAGAUCUUAGCCCUGCUCCCCGCUACCCAUUGCUUAGCAACUGCUGCCUGAGGUAAGCGGGAGAGCCGGUUUCCAGGGGCAAUGAGUACAUUUUUACAUCAUAAAUAGCUGUUUGGAUACAUCACCACACACCUCACAGCACGCCCUAGCUGUUUGCCAGGGCUCGGUUCAGGAGCAAAAACAGCUUCAGGCGCCAGAUGACUGCAGGAAACUGAAUCCCUAAAAAUGGCCCUAGGACUGAAAGAGCAAAUUACAGCACCCCUUAUCUAUGCUGUUUCCAUUGCUGCCAUUGGAUCUCUCCAGUUUGGGUACAACACUGGUGUCAUCAAUGCUCCUGAGAAGAUCAUCCAGAGGUUCUUCAACAAAACCUUGUCAGAACGGAGUGGGCAGGUUGUCUCCUCAGAGCUCCUUACCUCUCUGUGGUCCCUUUCUGUGGCCAUCUUCUCAGUAGGUGGUAUGAUUGGCUCCUUCUCAGUCAGCCUGUUUGUCAACAGAUUUGGCAGGAGGAACUCCAUGCUGCUGGUGAAUGUCUUGGCCUUUGCUGGUGGCACUCUCAUGGCCUUCUCUAAGAUGGCAAAGUCAGUGGAGAUGCUGAUUAUUGGCCGUUUUGUUAUUGGCCUAUUCUGUGGUCUCUGCACUGGCUUUGUGCCCAUGUACAUCAGUGAGGUCUCUCCCACCAGCGUCCGUGGAGCUUUUGGCACCCUCAACCAGCUGGGCAUUGUUGUGGGCAUCCUGGUGGCCCAGAUCUUUGGUCUGGAGGCCAUCAUGGGAACUGAGAUACUUUGGCCACUGCUUUUGGGGUUCACCAUCUUUCCAGCAGUCCUGCAGUGCGUGGCUCUGUUUUUCUGCCCUGAGAGCCCCCGUUUCCUAUUGAUCAAUAAGAUGGAGGAGGACAAAGCACAAGCAGUUCUCCAGAAGCUCCGUGGUACACAGGAUGUGUCUCAAGACAUCCUGGAGAUGAAAGAAGAGAGUGCUAAAAUGUCCCAGGAGAAGCAAGUAACUGUGCCAGAGCUCUUCCGUUCUCCAAGCUACCGUCAAGCCAUUAUCAUCGCCAUCAUGCUGCAGCUGUCCCAGCAACUCUCGGGCAUCAAUGCUGUAUUCUAUUAUUCUACAGGGAUUUUUGAAAGAGCAGGGAUCACACAGCCUGUGUAUGCCACCAUUGGAGCUGGUGUGGUAAACACUGUCUUCACUGUUGUGUCGCUGUUCCUGGUGGAGCGUGCAGGGCGCAGGACCCUCCAUUUAGCCGGUUUGGGUGGCAUGGCUGUGUGUGCUGUUUUUAUGACCAUCGCUUUAGCUCUGAAGGACACUGUGGGGUGGAUCAGAUACAUCAGCAUUAUUGCCACUUUUGGCUUCGUGGCUCUUUUUGAGAUUGGCCCUGGCCCUAUCCCCUGGUUCAUCGUGGCAGAACUCUUCAGCCAGGGACCACGGCCUGCAGCCAUGGCAGUGGCUGGUUGUUCCAACUGGACCUCUAAUUUCUUGGUGGGGAUGCUCUUCCCCUAUGCAGAGAAACUAUGUGGCUCUUAUGUCUUCCUCAUCUUCCUUGUUUUCCUGGUCAUCUUCUUUGUCUUCACAUUCUUCAAAGUGCCAGAAACCAAGGGCAGGACUUUUGAAGACAUAGCCAGGGGCUUUGAAGGACGAGCAGAAGCCAGCCCCACUUCACCUGUAGAGAAGAACCCCAUGGUGGAGCUGAACAGCAUACAACCUGACAAAGAAGUUGCCUAAGAUUCAUUACACACUCCUUCUUUGACUCUUAACAUGCUUAAAGAGUCAUUAAAAGAAAAGAGAAAGAAAACUAUGAGAAAGAACUGGGACUUUUUUUCCCCUCCCCUCAAUUGCUGCUGUUUUUUCUUUGCACCCACAUACUCCCUAUUCUGCCAGGCUUACCAACCUUAAGCAAAUCUGAUAUGGGUGAUGUUCAGGUACUGGAAGGCACCUGGCACUUGCAAAAAUAAUCUCAUCUUCUCUGUUACAAACAUCAAGACAACAGACAAAAAGCUGGCACUAUUUUUGCGUUUCUCACCUGUAAUUGCUAUUUGGGGUUAACAUACUUAUGCACGCAGUGAGCGUUACAUAUUUGAAUCUAAUUACUAUUUUUGUAGUGAGUUGAAGUGGCCCACCAAACAAGUCCCCAGCCCUUUUAGUCUACUCUGUGUAUGUGCAGUGUUACACUGGAAUUUAACAAGCCUACCAAAAAGCCAUCUCCUUGCUUUUUUCUAUCCAGUGUGCACUUUUUUUCAGCCUCAGGAAAAAGGGGACCAAGUUACAUGCAUAUUUUUCCCUGCUAUUUUAUUUUUUUGUAUAGACAGACUGAAAGCAUUCUUUUACUUUUUAUUUAUUUGUAUGUCACUUUGUAAAUAUUUAUUUUUUUAAUGGUGUACAAAAAUGUACAGAUAAUGAAAUUGAAGAUGUUUAAGAGUAAUAGCUAUUCUAACAAAAGAUGCUGUGGACUUGAGGUGCAAUAAGACUGUGAAGGAGAAAUCUACUAAACAGGAGGUUGGGUAUUGUGGAUAGUAUGUACAGCAGAACCAGUCUUGCACAUCACCUUUAAGUUUUUUGUGCCCUCGGGAAAGAAAAGCAAGUAAUUGUCUACUUGUGAGAAGAGGUAUGUUUGACUGCCCACCAAAAUAUCUGUUAUUUGGGAUGUUUUGGGAGGCAAUUUUAAAUAUAAUUGCCAAGUAUUGUUUGGAAAGUGUGGUACUGCAGUGAAUGGUUGUUUAUAUUUUCAGUCAUGGUUAAGCAUUGUAUGGGAUGAUUGAGGGUUGUGAUUGCAAACCAGAAGGUAACUUUUCCUGCCUUCUCUUCUCUGCUCUGCUGUAGGUUAGAAAGUCUGAAAUUUUCAGAUCACUACUUAAAGAUAUGUGAGGAUAAAAAUUGUUUUCCAAAGAUAUGUUUUUCUUAGCAAUUGUUUGUAUAAAUAUUGGACAGAGGCAUGUAGCCUAACCCUUCUGGACAAAGGCCUGGUCAGUUAUGGCAUGUGUAAGGUCAUAAAGGUUGCAAUGCAGGACUAGGGACCAGAGCUACUGGAACUGGCCAGCUUAGUGUGAAAGGUCUGUAGUGCUCAGUCCACUGGUUGGUUGUAGGCCAGAUGUUUUUGCACCAUGUAUCCUCUCUGGAAGAUUUGCAUGAUGUUGUGAUGCUCACCAGUGUGCAGCAUGCUGCGUAGAUGUGUACAGGUCUGUAAUACUGCCUCUGUUAAAAGGGACAUGGCAGACAGUAAUUGUACAUCAGUAAAUACUGGUCUCCCAGCUCAUCGUACUGUUAGGCAAUCGAGUAUGCAUACAUCUACUCUUGCUGCCAAGCUAGCACAGUUCAGUUGAAGAAGGCAAAAUAUAGCACAUAUGGUAUAACUAGCAAUCAAGGGUUGGGAGCUUUGCUUCACUGACUGCAAUACUCUGUCAAGAGAUACUCCAGGCCAUUGUCUAUCUAGUUCUGCACAAACCAUCUAAAGGUAGCACAGAAGCAGGUCCGAUUUAAACUCCUGCUCCAAGAUCUUCAUUUUUGGACUUGAUCAAAUUCAGAUCUAACUGCAAAUUCGUGCUGGAGUUCAUCACUGGAUAUCUUAAAAGAGAGGCAGGACCACACAUUCCAAGAUGGGUAAAAGGAAUAAAGGUUCAGAAACAUAGCAAUGAGACCAAACUUGUCAUUGCAUGGAUAGCCCAAGCUUUCUUGACAAUAUACUGCUUCAGAGGAGGUCAGUUUUAUCAGUAACUAGUGCAUUAUCAGUAACUAGAAUGAUGACAUUUCUACCUUCCCUAAUGAGAAACAGUUGCAAAGAGAAGUAAAACUCGCUGUUAAGUACUUCCUGUGACUUCACUUGAAAUAUUCCAGCUUUGCACAAUGCAAUCCUAUUACAUACACUUUUCCCUAGCUUUCUAUCAGGUUUCCAUGCUGGCUAUUCUCAGAAGUAUUAUAUUACUUUUUUUUGCCCUACUUUCAUAUUUGGCUCAGAUAUACAGAUUGUGUCCUUUGAACCUCCAGCACUUCCAAACAUGAUGUUUUUAUGUGGGCAUCUCCAUGUUAGCAAAUUACCCCUGCAGCUGUGCAUAAGAGCAUUCCAUACUUUGCAUCAGAGAUGUGUGUUGGCUUGGACCGAAAUGUGUAGGUCUUUCUCACAUGAUAUAUCUUUGUUUUCUUCCGUAACAGCAUUGUGAAUAUUUUUGAUGGGUUUUAUAUGCUUAUUAAUGUGGUUAUUUCCUGUUUUUAAAAUAAAAUUAUAGAGCUAAGUA